GAACAAACGUUUCUUGAGACACGUGUCUCUCAUUGAGGGAGUUUCCCCUUCUUCUCUCCACAUCUCUCUCUGUGGUGACUCCUCUGUUUCUCACUUCAGGUUCGUGAUUAUUUACUUUCCAUCUUUUUGCUUCAAUCUGAUAUAACGGAAUGUGGACAAAAAGGAUCUCAGUUACAUGUUCGUGUCUGAAUUUGAUGAACUUUGAUUUGUGUUGACAAGAGUUAAAAGGUCAAAGCUUUGGUUUUUAGAUUGAAGAUAAUAUAAAAACUGAAUCUUUUUGAUGAAAUUGUUGAUAUAUACAUACAGAGGAAAAUGGUAAAAUACAAAGCUUUGGUUGAGGACUGUUGCUGUGAUUACGAAACAGUGGACAAAUCUUCUCCAGUUCCAGUGUUAGCUGAUGAUCCAAGCGGUGAUGAUCUUGUUUUGUCUCCAAGGAAGAAUCUUUGUAAUGUUUUAGUUGUUUAUAAGACCACAUAUCAUAUCAACUGCGACGCCGAUGUUAGUCAUGAAUCUGAUGUGUUAUUCCAUGUUGUUAAAUGUAGGCUUGAGGUUCAGGUUCAGAUUAAGAAAGAUGCGUCGAUGGUCGGAUCUUAUCUCAAAGGAAGACUCAAUCAGCUGAAAGAGAAACACGAAAGUAAAACUCUCUCACACGUCUCUUCAUAUAGUUUGGUCUUGAACUUUGUGUUUAUGCAUAUGCGUAUGUAAUGUAGUCAUUGGGGAUGUACGGGGAAGAGGACUGAUGCUUGGAGUUGAGCUGGUGAGUGGUCGCAAACUUAAAACUCCUGCAACUGCCGAGACUCUUCGCAUCAUGGAUGAUAUGAAAGGUUUGUUGGUUUUGUGUUUUUUGUGGGAAAAUUGAGAGUGAUCCAGUUUGAUUUAAGAUCUCGGAAUUUGUGUGUGCAAUUGUGUAAAGGAUCAUAGCUCAGAAGAAGAAAGGAAGAUGAGUGGAAGUGGAGAUAAAGUUAGUGUAACUACAAAGUCCUAGUAAUAAUGUGCAUAUUUCCUAAUGUCUCUUAACAAUGUAUCUUACUCUAAAAAUAGUAAUAAAAAAAGCUAAGAACUCAAAAUUUUGUCCCAGCAAUAAUGAUGCUCUGAUACCAAAAACAUUCAAGAGACAUCUCAUCCGAAAAUGCCACGCGUCAAUGAAGCUGUGGCUGAGAUUGACUACACAGUCCACGUCAGCUUACUAGAAACAGGAUCAUGCUUGUCUUCACACUUUUGCCACUUCUUCUUUAAUCUUUCCUGAACGUUUGAUGAUACGGAGAAGACACUUCUUGGUGUAGUGUAGAGAGAAAGAGAGAGCCAUGGAAGCUUUGAAAGUCGCUAGCUUUACUCCUAUGUCAGUUUUAUCCGAAAAGAGAUCAGAACCAGGGAGACCCUUCUCACUCCCUAGCAUAUUUCCACCAAAGAAGACCCCAACCCAAUCUCCAUGGAAAGCUUCUUCAAGAGCUUCAAUGGCGGGUUGGCUCUACUAACUUCUGUUCUAAGCAGUGCAAUAGCUCCUGCAAAGUCUCUGACGUACGAGGAAACCUUGCAACUAUCUAUUGACCACUUCUUCAUCUUUUGAUUUAGACGGUUUGAUCUAUGGGAUAUCAAGUUUCUUCACGGACAACCCUCCGGUUAUUUCUGCAUUUUCUGUUCCCUUUGUUCUGUCUCAGGUUCUGAACAAAAAUAAUAAGUGUUUAAUAUGCUAGAAUUUUAAACAAAAAGUUUACUAUUUGGAUAUUAGGUUUGUGUUUCCAUAUUUCAUCUGUAAAAAAAAAAUUGUUUUUCAAUAUAAAUAUAGAUUUUAUGGAGAGGUGUUCUAUGUAAGAGACACAUUGUGAUAUUUAGUUUGUUGAAAGUUAGCAUAUUAAUAAAUGUUUAAUAUGUUACGAGAUAACAUAAAAAAAAAAUCUAGAAUUAAAAAAAACGUUUACUAUUUGGAUAUUAGGUUUGUUUUCAUAUUCCAUAUGUAAAAGAAAAUUGCUUUUCACUAUAAAUAUAGAUUUCAUGGAGAAUGGAGAGUUGUUCCAUAAUAUCUAUGAGACACAUUGAGAUAUUUAGUUUUGAAAAGUUUCUAAAGCAAGUAAAAAAAUUAUUCUUAUAAAUCUUUAUGUUUCUAGAGAUUUGAAUUGGUAACAUAGCUUUCGAUUGAAUACUUGAUCUAAGCCUAAGUUGAAGCUUCGAUCUGGUGACUGUAAGGAGAUCACAAACGCAAGAUGGCGAACGUGACUAGAGCUGCACCAGGCACAAAGGACUUCGGGUCCGUAUCCAUCCAAUGUCUGAUGUUGUCAUCAUCAACUAUACGGUUUUGUCGAUGAGGAUGAAGGUUUUGUUGCGGUUUCAUGAAGUAUGAGACACAACCGAACCUGGUUCGUAUGAUCAAAAGAAGAACAAUGUUGUGAGUGCUCUUUUGUUUCAAUCUGUUCCCAACACUUUGAUUCUCCAGGUGGGAGAACAAACCACAUCAAAAGAAAUCUGGAACCUAUCAAGUCAUGACACCUUGGAGCUGAUUAUCUAAGGCAUGUGAGACUUCAUACGUUGAUGACAGAGUUUUAUAGGUUGAGGAUGGAUGAUAAUGAUAUGGUCGAUGACUUUGCGGUAAAUAUAUCGGGCCUACCCUCCAAAGCAGCCUCGUUAGGAGAAAACAUAGAAGAGUCCAAGAUGGUGAAGAAAUUCUUGAAGGGACUUCUGAGACAAAAUUACAUCCAGAUCAUAGAGUCCCUUUAGCAAGUCCUAGACCUAAAUUCUACGGGCUUUAAGGAUAUAGUUGGAAGGCUAAAGGCGUGUGAGAAGCGUGUAGGGGAAAAACUCAGAAAGAAUACCAAGGGCCAGUAUAGUCAGAGGAACUAUGAGAGUUUUUGUGGUAGAUGUAGAGGACGGAAUGAAAUAGGUAGAGGACGAGGUCGGUUAAACAACCAAAACCAUGUCACACACCAUAGAUAAAAACUCUAAGAAGGAUCGUUCGAAAGUGAUAUGUUGGAGAUGUGAAAAUCCAUGCCACUAUCAACUGUCUGUCCCGGGAAACCAAUAAAGAAUCAAGAAACCAACAUAAACGAGACACUAGAGACGGGCACCCUUUACGUACACGAGGUACUGUUCUUGAAUAAAGACAAACUGAUUCCGAAGAAUCUUGAUAUCGACAAAGGCAAUGCAAGUGUUUGGUAAUUGGAUAAUGGAGCGAGUAAUCACGUGACAUGAAACAAGGAAUUCUUUUCGAGUUUGGAUCAAAACAUCAAAGGUAAGGUGAAGUUUGGUGAUGGAUCGUGUGUUGACAUUUUAGGAAAAUUUGUGGUUACCUUUGUGUGCAAGGCUGGUGCGAAGAAGGCACUCAAAGACAUAUAUUAUAUGUCUGAUGUGAACCAUAACAUAUUGAGUCUUGGAUAAGCAACAGAAAACAGAUGUGAGGCUAACAUGAAAGUCGUAUAUUUAACACUCACAAAUUCAUGUGGAAGAUUGCUUGUAUGUGUUACUAGAUCCCUAAACCGUCUCUACAAAACUCUGAUGGAGAUUAGCUAUCCGGAGUGUUUACAUGUCAGAAAUGAAGAUGCUACAUGGAUGUGACAUGCUUAACUAGGACAUGUAAGCUAUAAAGUGAUGAAAACAUAGUAAAGAAUGAGAUGGUCGUAGGAAUGCUGAGUGUAACACACAAAGAAAGCGUGUGUGACGUGUUAGGGUAUUUUUGUGUAGGAUCUUUGUGAGUACUACGAAACAAUAGAAGAGCUGGAAAACGAGCAAGAAUAGAGAGCAAAGAGAUGUUUUAUUGAUUGAAUGUGCAGGAACUACAACGUUUGAUGUAUAAACCCUAGUUCUAGCUGCCUAGCUCUAAUCUCUUAGUCUAUGAAUGUCGAUUCUUUUGCUCUUGGGUAUGGGCUCCCUUAUAUAACUGUGGAGAUGUCGGUUAGGUAGGUUAAACUCUUCCAUAUUUUGAAAUAUGGAAGGAUCCCUUAUGUAGAAAAUUUCAAUUUUACCCGGAGAUGGAAGCAACGGUAGGAACCGGGUCUUUCUCUUAGUAGGAACCUGGAGGCCAGUAUCCUGCUCGAGGCCUGGGGGAUUCUUAUACCAGAUUAUUUUUUCCCAACAGCUUGCCCCUUAUUUCUUGAUUUCGUCAUCGAAUUCGGGAGAUAACCUAUGCACUUGAGUCAAUCGGAGUUGCUCUGUUUCGGUAGGCCUCCAUUAGGCAUGAUAUUGCUUCAGUUAUUCCGUUUCCCACGUUCUUCUUAGGCCUGAAUCGUGUUUGAACCAGGAGGAAAGCCGGCAUCCCCAUGAAUAAACCGGAGUCCAUAGUUGAUAUCCGUAGGUGCUAUACCUGUUUGGAGAUGAUCUUGCAGGGCUCGAAGCCCUGGCUCCUCAUGUUUGUUGAUGAUAGGACUAGUAUGCAGGGUUCAUGACCUGGAAUGGCCCUCGUAGGUUGACACAGGACUACUCGAAGGGAUGUUCUUCGCUUUAGUGAGCAUAAGAUAGUCACUAUGUUCAGCGGCCAGGCCCUUGGUCUUGAUGUUGGAGGGAUGUGCUCCGUCGGAGCUUUACCUCUAUGGAGUCGGGGGUUUGGUCGAUCAACUCAGCUUUAAUGUCUCUGAUUUUCCUUCUUUAUUUGCGAACCGGCCGAAUCUAUUUCUUCAUUCAAUUUUUCUAAAAAAAGGGGGUUUUGAUUUGAAUUUUGAAAUCUCCCCUUUCUUAUUUUAUUUUUGUAAGGGGAUCAAGAUUAUCAGCUUUCUCGAGAAGAUAUCAACGACUCUUACUCUAAAUGCCACCCUUUCUUUUUUCACUCCAUAAUCGCGCAGCUCGGUCUUGGCUUCUUCACCUUUAGGUACCAUUUCUCACUCUCUCUCUAGGAUUAGGUAGAUCGUGAUUUUCCAGUCGUUUAGGUGCGUAGGUCGAUUCUAUCCUCUCUCAUCCUCUAGUUUAUUGGCCAGGAGACGAUUCACAUAUGUCAAAGCGCUCUGGUUCUUCCAUUCCUCUAACGGCCGAGAAGGUCAAAUCAAAGAAGAGACUAGAUUCUCCCAUCUCCAAAUCCGAUAGUUCAUCAGAUCCGCACGACGAAACUGAGCAUAACCUCUUGGCUCCAGCUCCAUUGUCUUACGCCCCUCUGAUUCCACCUCUGGUGGGUCCCGCGUUGUUAGUGGGGGAUGACGAUUUUGCAGAAUGGCGGAAGAAAUAUCUACUCCCUCCUUAUGUUGUUCUCCGUGCAUCUAGCUCUUCUGAGCAGGCUUAUAACUGCAUGCCGGAAGAGAUUGCCGUUUCCGAAGCCUUCUUUGAUUCGGGAUUCAGAGGAGAAGUGCCAUCGAUUAUCGCAUGGUUAUGUGAUUACUUCCGGAUCUCACCUUCUCAACUCAAUCCUCUCGCUUGGAGGAUUCUCAUUGCUAUUCAGAACUUGGAGGACAUAAAGUGCAUCCCCUUGGGUGUUAACAAGGUGUUCUACGCUUAUCAUUUAGCCCCCAUCAACAGUGGCGAGGGUCAUUUUCAUCUCGGCCCUUGCAGCCGUUUGCCGAUCCUAGAGGAACUUUUGAAGAAUGACCGUAACGCUCAUGUCUUCAGGAAGAAAUGGCAGGAGAGAUAUGCUUUUAUGAUCCUUCCAGGAUCCUUUUAUCGAUGAAAUUUCGUAGAUAGGUUUAUGAUACGAUAGGUGGCUUAUCUCGAUCUGCUGAUUGACAUAUCUGAAUUUUUGUGUGCAGCUGGAACUCAUCAUGCUCUUUCGGAGGGAGAAAGUAACGUUCUUCGCGCGCGAACGCUUCCCCUCGAACACCGUCAGGUGGUGUACUUGCUUAGCUCAACGGUGUUGCAUGAAAAUUUUGACUCGAAUAUUUAACGACUCCCGCUUUGAUGUUUAUUUUCAGACAGUGGCGAAGCCACCUUAUGUGGUGUGGUGGCACAUGCACCCAUAGAUAUCUUAAGACUCAAAUUUUUAUAGGUAAAAGCAUGUAGAUUUUGGUGGAUUAGAUGGUAAAAGUCAGUUUUGUGCACCCAUAAUAACCCAGGUUCGAAGCUCAUUUGUACAUUUUUAGCUUUUAUUAUCAAUAGUGCACCCAAGAAAUAAAUACUCUAGAUUUGCCCCUGUUUUCAGAGAACAUGUCAGGAGACGCUGCGCAAUAUCCGAUGGUCGCUUUCAAGGAGGCGACAAAGGCGGUGUCAGCAAAAAAGGAUUCGUCAGCAAGGAUACCUCGGAUGAUGAUAUGACGAUCACCGAGAGCAGGCGCAAGACAGUGGUGAAAGUAGAACCAACUUCUUCAUCUCAGGGGAAGAAGUCAAAGGAUGGUGUACUUACGAGGUCAGCUCAUCAAUAAGCCGAAAUUGGGCACUCGUCUGGUGGGCUAUCCACUGUUCUCUCCAACUUGAACUUGAAAGUAUUUCUUCAGGAUCAGACUCAUCUUUCGGAGGGAGAACCUUCGGAGGUGAUUCAAGUUUUCCAUGGCGAACUCCUUCGGGUAAGCAAAAUGUUUAAUUGGUCGUUAUUUUUAGUCUUUUGAUAUACUCUCGUCUGAUGAUAAUUUUGCAUUGGCAUAGAAUUUGUCUCAACUUCACCAUUUAGGAGAGGGAUUGUCGGAAGAGGGUGUGUCCUCUAAUCGGGAAGAACUGGAAAAGCUAAUUUGCCAGCUGUUUGAAAAGAAAGGCAAAUGUACGGCCAGGGAAAUGGAGAUUUGCGAUCUUCAGGCGAAGGUCAAGGCCCAAGAGUCCAUGGUGGAGGCGUCUUCGGCUGAGGCGCUUACCCUAGGCAAGGAAAAACAAGAACUAGAGAAAAUCAUGAGCGACCUUAGAAAGUCAGCGGAGACUUUUAAGUACGAGAUGGUGAUGGCCGUGAAUGGGGCGAGGAUUACCGCUCGCUGGGAGCUAACGAGAGAGUGGCUCAGGCGUUAAACCGGCAAGUGGAAUUUGGCCAAGGAGAUGGAUCAGUACAAGACCGUAGUUUUGGCAGAGGCUAACAUCAAGGGCGUCGUUCCUCCUACAUUUGAGGAUGAGCCGACUAUCCCUUCUGCUUCGGAUAUGGAGGUGGAUUUUUCUGUUAAGCCGGACAGAUUCUCUACAUGCUUAGACCAUUUUCAAUAUAUUUCCCUUUUUUUACUUCUAAAAUAAAGAAAUUCUAUAAUAGAGAUGAAUUUUGCUUCAAUGUAUUUUUCUAAAAUAGAAAUUUUCAAAUACAGAAAAAUGCUAUUUAUUCCUAUAUAAAUAGAGAAGAGAAAUAGCAAUCUCUAUUUUAGAGGCAAAAAGUAGAGAUGUUUGUAGUGAUUUUAUCUCUAAAUACUAAAUAGAGGGGGAUUAGAGAUGCUCUUAGUGAAAAGUUAUGAUAUAUACUUAGCAUAAACCCAUCUGGAAUCAAUGUUUUCUUUAUAAAUAUGCGUAGACCUUAGUUAUUCGGCCUCUAAUAGGUGUUGAGCUUCACUGAUUAACAAAUUGAUGUCAAGCUAGUUGAGAUUGACGUAGAGCAUAUUAUCUAGAUUUUUAUAUAACUGAAAGUCAGCCUCAAAUACAUUAUUUGAGUGAUUACUUCGAUAGUUCGCUUAGAUAAUCAAUCAACCCAAUUAACUUAUCUUAAGUUUAAUUAGACUAGUUAUUUGUCAACAUUGUUACUUGAUGUGAUUUUUUCAUCAUUCGCUUAGGAUAAGUAGAAAGCUAUUUCUCUACAAAAAAAAAAAAAUCAGAGUAGAUAGCCUUCCAGUAAAACAUUUUUAGAAGAGAAAUACAAUUGGAUAUUAUUAAAAACUAUCAUAAAAAUAACAAAAAUAAUGUUUAUUAAAAAAUUAAAAACAUAUAGUUUUAGGGUUAGUUGGUCAAGAAUAGUUAUUUUUUUUGGGUUUAAGGUUUGAGAUUUAGGAUUUAGGAUCUAGAAUUUUAAAUUUAAGAUAUAAAAUUUAAAAUAAAUAAUUUAAAAAUAAUUAUUAUAUUAAAUUUCUUAUUCAUUAAGGUUACCUUAGUUUUUUAUUCUUUAAUGAAUGCUAUUUAAUUUUUGGUACUUCAUUUGUUCUUAAAAGUAAAAUUUUUUUGAGUAUUUACGCUUAUUAAAAAUAUAAUAUGUAUUUUCUAUACACUUUCCAAUAAUUAUUCACUAAUGAAAUUUAUUCAAUUCAAAUAUUCUUAAUUAAUAUUUUUCAAAAGUAUACAAAAGUACUUUAAAUAUAUAAAAAAAAAUUAUCUUUGUGAAAUAAGAAAAAAAAUAGAAAAUUUGACCGGAGAUAAUACUAUUUGUGAUAAGAAAAUUUUUGCUUUUAAAAGAAUUUACUUUCUUAUAAGUAUUAUUUAUUAUUUGAAAUUAUUUGAUUAUUCUCCCUUCCCGGUCAUGUAUCUUCUCGAAUGAGAUAGGGACAUCAUCGUUGAUUUCGACUUGACAAGCUCUUCGGAGCUCCGGCUGCAGAAAUACAAGUAAAGACCAUCUUUGGUUUUCUUUACUUUGAACAUGCUUCUCCUGUUAUCACAUUUUUCUUUUAGUGAUGCGCAUCGCUCCGGUUGUAAGCACACCUUUUUAAUAAUGUAAUCAGUGCACAAAAAGGAGAUAAGGAAUGUCAUCGGUACAAAACAUGAAAGUGUUUUGGAAUUUGGAUAGUUGAUCCUCAAUCAUCCAAAAAUGGUCCCCAAUAGGCUUGAAGCCGAAAAAAAGCGGGCCUUACAACAGCAAACCACGUUUUAUUACAACUGCUUUAUUGGUUCAGAAUUUUCAAAACUAUUUACCUCAAUAAAAUAAAUAAAACCUAACCACUUUUUCUUAUAAAAAUGACUUGUAGAGGCUAUAUAUAUAACUCUAGCAUACAUAAUUCUUUACGAGUAUACAAAGGGAAUAAAAUGGAAUAUCCCCAUAUUUAACUUCUCCCUACCAAACUUUCAACAUAGCUUUUUCCAGUGCUAACAAAAUAUACUUCACAAGUUUAGUAUUUAAAUGUAGGAGGAUGAAAAUAAAAGCAGCUUUUGUGUUAAUUAUACAGUAGAUCUGCAACUGGAUUACAAGUUUUAUUAAAUAGAAUGAUACAAAAUAGUUUAUUCUAUCAAUUUUACAAAAACAUUUAUUUAUUUUUUUAUGAUCCUGAUAUCUGGAUGCCUCCGAAAAAGAUCCGACUACCGCGUAAUGACCGUCCACCGAAAUCUGGGCAUAGCCCGCCGGAGAACCCGCCGAAAGCAUCCAGAGAAGCUGGUGAUCACCCCAUGUUAAUCUACCAGUAGCUAUACGCAGUUUGGACAUGGGCGUCUCCGUAUAUAAGUCUUUUUUCAAAAAAUAAUAAUAUAUGUAAUCGUAUAGUCGCGUUGUGCUUCAAAUUAAGUAUAAAUUAAAAGAGUUUUCUGUUGUUGGUUUGGAGUAAGGUCAAUCAAUAUAUUUUUAGGUCUUCUGGAUUUUUCACUUUAAAAGUUUUCACCAUUUGUUCAUAUUUUUCAGUUGAAAAAUAACAUUAAAUAUUAUUUAAAAUUCUUAAUAUAUAUAGUCAUUUUAUGAAUAUCUGCAUCCAUGUGAACGACGAGAGACGAUUAUUUUUUGGCAUUCUGUGCUAGACUAUCCGCCUUUGUAUUCUCCGUCCGGGGUACAUGAAUGAUUUCUGAGCUCAGAAAACUUGUCUUCAACAUCUUUAUGUCUUUCAAAUAACUCUCAAACGCUGCCCAUUCUUCUGGUUCCGAAACCAUCUUCACAAAUUGAGAACAAUCUGUAGUAAAAGUAACCUGAAAUUGACAUAAAUUUCUCAUACACUCCAUCGCCCAUAUCAAAGCUUCCACCUCCGAAUGUAGAGGUGAGAGACUUGCCCGAAUAUUUAUUGCUCCCAUCAAACCUUUGAAACCCUCGAGAGUACUAAAUCAACCUUGUCCUGAAAAAACCUUCUUAUCUUUCCAGGAACCAUCUAUAAAGCACCAGCGUCCUACUCUCCUCUGGCGAUGCGUAACCUCAGCCUGGUGUAAAACCUGCUGAAUGUUCAUCACCUGGGCUUCAGCCCAAAGUGUUGAUUCAGUUUCCGCAAGAUUAAGUGUAUCUCGUGGGUCGAUAUCCAAAUUACUAAAAACCUUGUUAUUCCUUCCUUUCCAAAUGUACCAUAAUAUCCACGCAAAGUGAUGAUCUUCUAAUUUCGGGCGUACUCUCCAGAAAAGAUGGUCCAUAUUUGUGAAGAGAGAACUAGUAGGGAAGAAAUCUGGAUUUGACGGUAUCUUUGACAAAGCCCAAACUUGACGCGCAGAAGAACUCUCAAAAAAUACAUGUUUUAUUGUUUCCUCUUCAGCUCCACAUCUAGCACAACAUAUAUCUCCUCGUAUUCUUCUUCCUUGCAAAUUUUUCUUAACAGCUAUGCAUCCAGAUACCAUUUGCCAUAAGAAAUGCUUUAUCUUCGAUGAACAUCUCACUUUCCAGCAGAACGCUUUUAGAAAGUCUACUGUGGGACCAUAGAACUCUGGUGGGUUUUCCUUAUCCGGAUAGACCCGUUCUAACUGAUAUCUUGAUUUAACCGAGUAUUUCCAUUCUUUGUGAAAUGCCAUCCAUCCAUAUCAACCAUCUGGUUUCUACUCAGAAGUAUACUCUCAAUAUUUUUAGUAUCAUGGGGGUCCACCAACGUCUGAAUUGCAUGUGAAUUCCAAGUUCGUGAAACAGGAUCAAUGAUGAAAUCCACUGUGAGGUCCGGAUAAGUGUCAUGUUGAUUUUUGUUUGCUGGUCUCGGACGAGUGGUUGGGAGCCAUGGAUCACUCCAUACAGAAAUAGAGGACCAUAUUCCCACCUGUUUGAUUUGUCCAUACAGAAAUACGUGAAUUAAUAAUUAAAACACAUAAAAUUGUGCUCUGGUCUCUUUAUUUGAUAAGCAUAACGGAUAUGGACUAUUGGUUUUUGGUCCAUUUGAAUGUCCGAGAGAUGGUUUAUCCGUGGGCUGCACCUUCCAUCCGGGGGUUAGGUCUGUGUUUUUAAUAGAUCCGAAUAACUUUUUUUUCAAAAAAAUCUGAUAAGCAUAACUGAUGAAAAUAAAAGUUUAAUUCUCGUAUCUAAUCUAUUAAAAUAGAGUCCUAUUUUUUAUCUACUGUUGGAAAGUUGUCACUUAAAUUUGAAAUGGUCUAACAAGAUAAUGUUAUAUAUCUAAAAUAUUAUAAAUACAUUUAUUAUAAUUCAGUUACUAAAGAUUUGAUCAUAUGGGUUAUAUCAAUAUCAUCGGAUAAUACAGUAAUCAAUUUAACAAUAGUUAGAUUCUCUCUCAGAUAAAUACUAUUUUUUAUUUAAUAUAUUUGUUCAUAGGGUAUAAUGGUUUUAGAAUAUACUCUAAGUAAAAUUAUAUUCACAUAAUCUUGAUUUACCUAACAAUCUAACAAUUCUUUUUUUUUUGUCAAAAACUAACUAUUCUUUUUUGUCACAAUCUAACUAUUCAGCUCAACAAUUUAGGUGAAAAUUCUACUAAAUCACCUUAGUUAUUAUAACAAGUAGUAAUAGUAAUUACAGAAUUAUUAAGAUCUCAACGUGCUAUGAAAUCUCUACUGUAUAUAUAUAUAGUAUUCACAAACUCAUAAUUUUCACUCAUACCAAACACAACACAAGAAGUUUCUACCAAAACAAAAUUGUACUCUAUGUCCAAAUAACUAUUAAAUAGAUAAUAAACUCUAAAUUUAUAAAAUUAUUGAAAUUAUAAUUUAUUAUUAUUUUAAAACAAAAGAACAAAUCCCGCGUUUAGGGCGGGCGGGUUACAAUCUAGUAAUGUUUUAAAAUACAAAACGAUUGCAGUUAGUUUUAAAAACAUUUACUACAAAAUGGAGGAAGAUGGGCGAGGCUGGCAUGGGGAUGCUUUUGCUAUUUGGUGUGACUCAAAAUGAGUAUAUUUGAGUUUUUAUAAUCGGUGUUCUACACUUUCUAUUUAAAAACAACAAUGCCACAGCUAUUGUACAAAUGUUUUUUUUUAUCUGAAUAUAAUUUAACAUUCAUUCAGAAAAAAAAAUAGAGGAGUUUAAAAUAGUUGAUAGUGAUCUUAACUAACUAACUAACUAACAGUAGGAAUCAGUUUAUUUAUUCAGCUGAUGUUCCGAAGUAUCACAACGGAGUUUAUAGAGUCACGGGUACAUGUGAUUUUACUGGUUGCAAGAUACUACCAAGUACUAACAAUGAUGAUUUAAUCAAUGAAACAAAGGCAAACUAAGAUUCCUUAACAUGGAAACCGACCAAUCCCCCCCUAACUCGGGUGCUAUAAAUAGAAAGGAGUGUUGGUGUUCUUCCUCUGAACAACAAAAACAACCAUUCUCUCUCCAAACCCCAUCUCUCUCAUAUUUAUUAUACUUCUCACAUCCCUAAAUGGAUAAGCAUCUCAGGACGAAGCAGACCAAGACUAGUCCCAUUGUUGCUUCUUCUGCAUCUCAAGAAGUGAGUAGUAUUGAGUGGGAAGCUCUGAAUAUGAAUCAAGAAGAAGAAGAUUUGGUCUGUCGAAUGCAUAAGCUUGUCGGUGACAGGUGGGAAUUGAUAGCUGGGAGGAUCCCAGGAAGAACUGCACAAGAAAUUGAGAGGUUUUGGGUCAUGAAGAAUAACUGAAUUAUCUAUGAAGUUUCACUGAUUAAUUUUAAUAAUUAUACCAACUUUGUAAUAAGAAAAGGUUCUUAAUCUAAAUUAUGAAUCUCAAACGGAAUUUUAUCAUGGAUUAAGAAAAUUUGGGCCUCUAUAAGAGAUGAAAGAAACAAAACUUCUUCUAACAAAUAAGGCCGAGUGUUGUGCGUAGGACAAGAUGGAACAUUUGCUAUUUUUUUUUAAUUUUUCCGAAGAUAAAAUUUGAUGAUACAAAAUUUACAAAUACGGAUAGGUGAAAAGAGGUGUGCUGGUAAUAGAAAGUAAUUGCAUUACCAUUCUAGAAGGAAAGUUGUAGAAAUAUGUAUCUCCAACACUGCUUGACACGGUGGAUUUGGAAAGUGGCAAACAACCUACUCCCAAACAAAAGUGGACGUCGUUUUACAAGUCAUAAACGACAUGCUGUCUUCAGGACCCACUUGUUUUAUUUAAUGCUAUUUCACCUACUCCACAGUCCAUAGACACGCACUUAUUCCUCUUCCUACAUUACAUAGUUUUCCUGUAAUAUCCUGCGGCAACUCUAGAAGAGUUCUAACAAGAGUUUCAAGAUUAUAAAAGUAAAAAUAAUAGAAAAAGAAGAGAGAGAAGCCAAGAGAAUUCUCAAA